AUGGAGCCGGCUGCGAAGCAGAAAGUGAUUCACAUCACCUACCUCAUCGCAGCUCUGGACAUCACCUGGCUCUUCCUCCAGUUCUCCAUAACACCGUAUUUGGCGAGGAGGCUCGGGUUCGAUACUAUUUGGUUUGGGUAUCUGCAGACCACAGUUGGAGUGAUUCAGUUGCUUGGAGGCCCUAUUUAUGGAAGGUUUGCAGAUGUGUUCGGAGCACGUGCAGCUCUCUCUGUGUCUUGCUUGGCAUCAGUGGUUUAUUUCUUACUGUUGGCGGUGGCAGACAACACUUUUAUGCUUUUUGUGCAUAAACUACCUGCUGUUUUUAUGCACGCACUGCCAGGAGCUCAAAUGGUGGUAGCAGAUCUGCCAGAGAAUGAGAAGCGAGCAGAAGCUCUUGGGAAACUCGGCCUCUGCUUUGGCGUAGGCAUGAUCGCAGGAUCAUCACUGGGUGGGACCCUCAGCACACGCUAUGGGGAAAAGUUUGCAGCAUCUUUUGCAGCUGUCGGAAGUUUGGUUUCUUUGCUGUUGGUGUUGAACUUCAUCCCUAAACAGACCAAAAUACACACCGUGCCGGAGAGUAACAAGAAGGGUUCAUCAAGUUCUGUGUUUAAUCUGGGAGAGAUCACAAGGCUGAUGAAAUUUCCAGGUGUUCCAAAGACUUUCACAGUGAAGAUUAUUUCUGGAUUGCCAUCAGGUAUAUUUCAAGUUAUGUUCUCCAUCAUUGCCAUAAACUUCUUCCAACUGAAGGCAGAGCAGAAUGGCUAUCUGAUGGCUUACUUUGGCAUAGUACAAAUGGUGAUCCAAGGUGCUGUAAUUGGGCGUCUUACGUCUAGAUUUUCAGAGUCUUCUUUACUGGUGCUCUCUGUUGGGAUAUCCAGUUUAGUGGGCCUUGCACAGGCUAUGAUGACCAACGUGUUUCAUUUUUGUUUAAUCGUGAUACCCAUGAUGUUUUCUCUAAGUGUCUUCAACGUCAUCACAGACAGCAUGUUGACCAAGAGUGUGUCUCCAUCUGACACAGGAACCAUGCUGGGUCUGUGUGCAUCGGUGCAGUCUCUUUUACGAACUGUUGGCCCAACCAUUGGAGGAUUCCUCUAUGAAGCAUAUGGUGUGCCAUCUUUCGGAUACAUCCAGUGCAUCAUUAAUGCUGCUGUCUUUAGCUUUCUGCUAACCACUGGAGGGCGCUCACAGCCAAACAGGCCAUAGAAAUUGUGAAAGAGGUUGUUUAUGACUGUCCUGUUCAUGGCCACAUUGUGUGAGAGAGGGCUGUUUACAACAAACCAUGGCAUUUAACUUACCUCCUCACACACUGGGAAAGGACUUGGUCACAAAUAACCCAGAUGAUAUAUUUUGUUAAUACCACAGACAUUCAAAAUAUCCUAUGUUACUGUCAAAUUACACUUUAUUGCACAAGUUAGCUCAGGAUCAUUUUUAUCAUUAAAAAGGAGCUGGCAUGUGAAUGUCUAGGUCAGCACAAAAAAAGAAGUGCAGUAUGCUUUUAUCUGUGUGGCAUUAUAGUCUAGUUUUAACAACUAUAUAUUAUACAGCUAGUAUUCAUUAUAAUGAUGUUGUAAGAUGUCAUGGAAAAAGAACAAAAUAAAAAAUCCAUAAUUUUGUA